ACUCUGAAGUAUGUAUCAAUCGUUGUUUCUCUGGAUAAGUAUUAUGAUUUGUUAUGUCCUCAACAACCGGCUUGCUGAACCGGAUUCUUGGUAAAAAAAACAUUUUUUCAUUCUCAGAAUUACUGAAGCAUGGAAUAAAUAACCUGCAUCCGUUGUUAGCUGUCUGGGCACCACAUCCUUCAAAGAAUCAAUGCUUCUUGAAAUUCCCCAACAGUACAUUUGAUGUCCCCAAGCACCACCCUGUAUUUCAAGUAUUUAGUUUGUUGUUUAUAAAUCAUGGCAGCUACAGAACCAAGACAAUGGGAAAUCCAUCUCCCGAUGCCAUCAAAACGUGUAUUUGCAACUCCUGUUAUUCUUAAUGACAAGUUAUACGUCAUUGGAGGUUGUGAUAUGUGUGGCAAGCCACUAGCUAACUUUGAGAUGUAUGACUUGAAAGCCAAUACAUGGACAACCUUCCCUGGCAUUCCAACUAAAAGAGCAGGUGCUGCCGCUGUCGCUGUUGGAAAGAAAAUCAUUGUGCUUGGUGGUGUGUCUGAGACUCAAAAGCCUCUUGAUUCAGUUGAGAUCUUUGAUACUGAUACAAAUGAAUGGACUGUUGGAGAGAGCAUGAGGGAAAGCUUGCUUGGAGUUCCAGCAACUGUUCACGAUGGUAAUGUAAUUGUUGUUGGCGGUAUGGCAGCAGAUGGAAACCCUCGUAACUAUUUCAUGUCUUACGAUGUGGAGAAAAAUGUCUGGAAAAGCUUACCACCGAUGCCCACCGAACGCUAUGCAACUUUCUCCUUUCUUGUAGAUAACCAACUCUAUGUAAUAGGUGGACGGCAAGGUAAACUUCCAGUCGAUGUCUUUGAAAAGUUUGACUUCUCUUCGAAUGAAUGGGAAACUUUACCAAAUAUCCCCUCAAAGCGAGUCUUUGCUAUGUAUGUUACUGAUGACAUGCAUAUUUUCAGUGUUGGAGGAUUAAAUCAAAAAGCAGAGGAUGGAUUCUCAAAUAUCUUGGAAUGUUAUAACAUUGUAGAAAAUAGUUGGGUGACCUGUCCACCAAUGCCUACUAAACGAGGGGAUUUUGCAAUUGGUAUGAUUGCUGGAAAAAUUGUAUGUGCUGGAGGAUUUGGAAAUUUGGGUCGACCUUUGAGUGUUGUGGAAUGUUAUGACCCUACAAGCGGCACCUGGUCGACUCUCUCGGAUAUUCCAAGCUCACAUAGUUCAUGUGCUUAUACUAUGUACGAAGGGCGGCUUUAUAUCAUUGGUGGCUUGUCUUUACAAGGUAACAGUGGGUGUAUGGAGUCCAUUGGACUUAAUUAAUUGGGAACGCAUUUUAUUUAAUUACUCUCUGCUGCAUACAAUGAUCCAACAAACGGACUUAGUUCUUAAAACGGUUUCACCAAUGCAUUUGCAUUAAGUAAGUUUUUAUUAUUUUAAAAAUUUUGUGCAAUAUCAACUUUUGUACUGUACUAUAUUAACGAAUAAUGCACAUUUUUAAUUACGUCACAUACACACAUGCAUAUAU